CAUAAACAUCUCUCUUCUCUCCUCCACUCACCGGAAACUGACUCCGACGUACAUCCCCAGCUUCAGUUUACGAAACCAAGUUGAAAAUGAUGAAAGGUGGCAACAAACUGAUGAAGCUGAAAUCAGUUUUGAAGAAGCUAAACUCUUUCAACACCAAGCCGAACCAACCACCGACUCCGUCCUAUCACGGUCGCUCCUCCUCCGUGUGUGCAUUUCCCUUAGAGGAACUCCACACCGUCUACGUCGGCAGAAAACGGCGUCCGUACCACGUGAGCUCCGAUGUCGUGAACCAUCCGCUCUUCCAGCAGCUAGCGGCUAUGGAUGGUGGAUGCGGCAGCGAGGACGGUUCGAUCGCCGUGUCGUGCGAGGUUGUCUUGUUUGAGCAUCUCCUUUGGAUGCUUGAGAACGCCGACGCCGACGAGUCACGCCCAGAGUCAGUCCACGAACUCGUCGAGUACUAUGCCUGUUAACUUUUUGCAUGACUAAUUUAGGUGAAAAUUAUACUACUAAUGAUUUAUAUAUGUUUGUAUAUUCUACACUUUGUAUACUCUACACAUUUGUUAAGAUAUUUCUUCUUCUUUUAAAUGAUA